UUUGGUCUAGUUGGACGCCAGAAGCAAUUGUAACCACGUGUAAAACAUUCGAUUGAGUUGAACUCAACUUUUAAACUAAACUGACUUGAUUUGAUUUAUAUUAUAAUAGAAAUUUGUUAAAAUAUGGAAGCUUACAACGUGAUUCAACAUCUUGGUCGGGGUACUUAUGGAAAUGUGUUUCUCUGUGAGAAAAUUCACAAUAAGCAGAAAGUCGUAAUGAAAAAAAUCCAAUGUGAAACUACCUCUGAAAUUAUAAUCCAAGCCAAAAACGAAGCGAAAAUUCUUAAAAUGCUCAAACAUCCAAAUAUCAUCGAAUAUUUCGAUUCGUAUUUUCGCGAUAAUGAAUUUCACAUCAUCAUGGAGUACGCGCAGCAUGGCACACUCUACGAAUACAUCAAGGUCAACAAACCGGACUUGUUAUCAAAAGAAUUUGUAAUCUCAACAUUCACGCAAAUCUUAUUGGGGCUGGACCAAAUUCACAACAAAUUUAUCAUUCAACGCGAUCUUAAGACUGAAAACAUUUUCCUGUCCGGUCCCAACAGAAAUGUUGUAAAAAUUGGUGAUUUUGGCAUUUCGAAAACAUUACAAAAUAUUGACAAAACAAAAACAACAAUUGGUACACCAAAUUAUCUCGCCCCGGAAGUGUGUGAAGGUAAACCCUACGGCCGGAAGUCGGACAUUUGGUCGUUGGGUUGCGUUUUGUAUGAGAUGUGCGCAUUGGAACGGCUUUUCAGCGGACCUAUGGCCAAAGUAAUCAUGGAUAUCAAGUCAGGUGUAAAGAAAACAAUACCAAUUUAUCAAUACGGGCACGGAGUGCAGAACAUUGUCAAUUUGUGCAUCAAUGUUGACCCUAAACGACGUCCAACUACCAAAAGUCUUCUCGCACAUGCUGAAGUUAUUCCAAUGCAUGCGUCGCUUAUGGUUAACUUGGCUAACUAUUGUUUCCCAAGGCUUUCAUAAUUUUACAUGAGGUAUUACCAAUAUUUUAAGAGAUUAUUGUAUUUUUAAAGUUUUUAUCAUAUUGAACGAAUAAUAAACAUCCUGUAUAACAUUG